UUGCUGCACAGUCUCAUGUUUUGUAUAUUUAGAUACACUGGCAGUUCCCAUUGAAAAACACGCUGGCGUGGGAAUAGGGUUAGUUACACGUAAAAUAAAAAAGUAAAUCUGUCGCCCAGUUUCAACAAAAAAACGAACAAAACAAAAGCACGUAAGCGAAACCUCUUCAUUUAGGUUGAGUCGUUUUCAUUCAAUGUGGAAAAGUGAAGGAAUUUCGUUACCCAAGGACAUGCAGGAGCUACAGAGCCAGCUAAAUUCAAUAAUGAACACCAUGAACAGCAAGUCAAAGCUUGCAGAUAUCAUGAAUACCCCAGCGGGACAGUACCUUGAUGGCCACCCCUUUUUUGCCCUGACCCUGUUGGUGUUUGGUGCCAUGGCAACAGUACCCGUUGGCCUGUUCCUGACCUUUGCUAUUGUCACGUUUGUGACUGCCUCUAUUGGGUUUGUCUUCUUGCAAGGUUUUCUGCUGUUGCUCGGCGGAAUAGCCCUGCUGUGUGUGCUCUGUGGUCUCGCCGUCAUUGCCUUUGUUGUGUCUGCUAUCUUCAGUGCCUUUUACAUAACUGCCUCCAACGUGCUUGACUAUUACUACAGCCACCGCUCAGCCUACAUGAAGCAGAACACCAUCGGAAGCCGUCCAAGAUGUGAGAGUGAUGCCUUUUCCUGCCCCAACCCAGGUUUUCAGAAACAGAAAGGAUAGUAACAGCGGUGCCAGUAGGCUUUUCCAUUUUUGAGUCUGCUUUGUGUGUGUGUGUGUGUGCCUUUUUUUUUUUCUUUUUUU